AGAAGCAGCAGCAGCAGAGAACUAAUGGGUAGGCUUCUAAUUCUUAUUUUUCUCCUCAUUUUAAACGCCCCCCUCGCUUCUUUCUGUCACUCUUUCAGCAGCGGGAUGCACUCGCUGGGGUGUCCGGGAGCCAUGGGGAAACCACUACCCAACUGUGUUUGGGGACCAAUAUGCUGAAAAGACGUCGUUUGUGUCUGAGGGCUUUUUAUCCCUGGGAAAUGGACAAAUGUUGACGUGCGAAUAAAAAGGACUUUUCUUUGGAAGAACUCGGCACUCCUGACCCCUAUCCCUCCCCCCUUCGGCCGAUCGGAUGGCUCCGAAUGACAGCAUACAAUAAUGGAUGUCAUCACGCCGUUCAGUACUGUAGCCAUGAUGCAGCUCAAAGGGUAGGGUCAGCCGUGAGCCCGUCUCACCCGACCCUCCCACCACCCCUUUAGUUCCUGCAGGGAGCCGACUCCCCCUUCCAAGCGGAAUCGUGCAUACUCCUCCCCCCCCCCCUCACUCCCCCGUCCUCCUCAUCUCCCUUCGAGCACCGACACCUCCAACACGGCUUCGGAAGACGGAACAUGACGCCGGUUCAUGUCUGAUACACACACCUCUGAGGCGUUGAGCGUAAAACCAGCGGAGCAAUGAAUGGCGGAAAGGACUGCGAGGCGGGAGAUGAGCGGCAGGCCGUCCCUGUCCAGGUCCCCAUUGGCUGGCAGCGCAAGGCGGAGCACGGCGGAAGCGUCGUGUAUGUGAGUCCCAGUGGCUCUGUGCUGUCCAGCUUGGAGCAGCUAAAGACCUACCUGCUCACAGAUGGAACGUGCAAAUGCGGCCUGGAGUGCCCGCUCAUCCUCCACAAGGUGUUCAACUUCGACCCAGGGGCGGCUGUUAAACAGAGGACGGCGGAGGAUGUGAAAGCAGAUGAAGACGUGACCAAACUCUGCAUUCACAAGAGAAAGUUGCUGGCUGUGGCCACGCUGCACAAGAGCAUGGAGACGCACCCGCCUCUGGGCCUCACAAGCCCCGGAGGAGGAGGUACAUCAUCUGUGGUUGCUGUGCAUUCCACAGCUCAACGAGUAAUAAGGACUAAAGCCCACGAUGGGUUGCCAAAUGCUGUUGGCUCCGAGUGCAAGAACCCGUUCAAAAUGGUGAUGGCGGCCGGACAGCAGCAGCAGAGGUUGUAUCCACAUCAGGAGGCUAGUGGAGCCCCGCAGUCUGAGCUUUACUCUGGAUACCCCCGGGCUCAGAGGCUACAGAGCGGGGAUCCUGUAACUAAAUCUCCAUAUCGCGCCGUGUAUGGAGGCAUGUUGAGCCCAUCUUCCUCCAGUGCUAAACUGUAUGGAGAUGGCUCUCAGUCUCCCAAUACAGAGACUCUGGGCAGCCCUGAGGGCUUUCAAAGGACCAAUCCUUGUGGAUUUCCAGGAGCCGGUAGUCCCAGUUCAGCAGCCAUCCUUGGGAACACUAGAACUCCUCUUUCCCCACCCAGUGUAAUGCUUCACGGCUCUCCUGCAGGCCAGUCAUCCUGUGCUAUGACAGGAAGGACUAGCACGCCCCUCUCCCCUACGGCCACGGCCAAAAGCCCCGUCAUGAACAUGAACAUGCCGCGGGGGAACUUCCCACCCGGCAUGGAUCUGCCAAGAGCAGCGUUUCAUCAUAAAUCUCAGCCCCCUGUGCAUCCUGUACCUCCCCCGCCAUCCAUACCACCACCCUGUGCUCUUCAGAAAAGGCAGUUGGGCUCUGAAAAGGACCCCCUAGGCAUUCUGGAUCCCAUCCCUAGCAAACCAGUUAGCCAGCCCCCAACCCAUGCCCCCAACCCUUCCAACUUCCAACCCAAUAUCCACUCUCAGGUACAAAUGAUGAAUGUAAACAUCCCCCCUCCUGCCAUUGUUCCUCUGCCAAGCAACUUGCCUUUACCCACAGUCAAGCCUGGACCUGUGGGCCAUGGUGGCAAUUUGCAAAGGACUCAACAGAGCGGUCCUUCGUCCUCGAUGCCCCCCUCCCCUGUGACUUCCCCCGUUCACAUGACUGGGCCAGCUCUAGGGAGAAUGGAGGCCUCACCUCAUCGCUCGCGUUCCUCCUCCACCUCCUCAGAACAUGGAAGCUUUAUAAUGCCAUCUGGUCACCAAGCCCCAUGUCCCACCAUGAAGGUUCCCCCGCGUUCUCCCAGGUCGGCGAUGGGGUCUCCCCGGCCGGCGAUGCCCUCAAGCCCCUCCACCAACAAAACCGAUCCUCUGCACCAGUAUAAAGACUCCCAGCUGCUGCCCGGAAUGGGAAACCCAGUGGGCACCCAUCAGCACAGCAACUCCAUGUAUUCGCCCACCUCUUCCUCCUCUUUAUCCUCUCUGGCAACUUCCAGCGCUUCCCAGAAGGGCCACCCCGGACUCCUUGGGAUGCCCCUCAACCAGAUUCUGAACCAACAGAACGCCGCUUCCUUCCCAGCCAGCAGCCUCCUCUCAGCCGCAGCCAAAGCACAGCUAGCAAAUCAAAACAAACUUGGCGCUGGUGGCAACAGCACUCCUGGCAUGGCCGCUGGCGGUGCGGUCGGCAUGCCGGCCAUUGGGGCAGCCAGUGGAGGGAACGGUGGGGGCGUCGGCCCUCGAAGCGUGGAGGGACACAGCACUUUAAAUCCCAUGCUCCCGCCAAACUCCACCAUGCUGCUAAACACUCCAGAAGGUCAGAGCGGCCGGGCAGCGCUUAGAGACAAACUCAUGUCCCAGCAGAGGGAUCCCAAUCGGAAACGGAAGCAGUCGUCUGGCAGCGCUGGGAACCAUGACGGCGGUAACAACAUGGUCUUCAGCAUGCUCAACAAGCAGGGCAUGGGAGGACCCCACAUGCAGGCGCCCAGCGCUACGGAGCAACUGCGAAAGGUGGGGCGGAUGGGAAACCUGCACCCCAACGCCUCCAUGGCUCAGCUGCUGCAGUCCAUGAGCUGCCACAGUUCCCACAACAUGGCAGGAAACAGCCAUCGCCCAGGGCUCAGCCCCGGUUCACAUGGAGCGGCGCAGCUUCACUACAACGACACAGCGGGGAUGCUCCCUGGUGGCCCUCAGCAGAACCUGCUGGUCCAGCAGAGACUGCGGCCUCCAGGGGAUCCCAUUCAGAACUGCCAGAACCUGGACCCCUCUGCCGGCCACCUGGUCCCCCGUCAAGGCCAGUUCCCCGACAUGAUGGCUCAGAUGCAGGCGCAGUCCAUGAACAGCUGUGGGCCAAUAGGACCAGGCGGCGGACCGAUCGGACCUGACGGCUUACCGCUGGUACGCCCCAACACUAACCCCCCACCGCUGUCCCAUCCAGGCCCACACCCCUCACAGCUCCACAGUAUGAGGAGGACUAAUAUUGUGCAGCAUGGAGGGGGCGACGGAGGCUGCAACCAGUCGGUUUCUGACUCAGGCUGUGGCAUGGGCGCCCUACAGCCACAUGUCAACGCCGUUGGAGGUCAGAUGUACCAACAGCAGGUCCACCAAGGGAUGCCUCAGGCGGUAUCUACACACCCAGCCUACCAGGGCCAGCAGCACUUCUCUGACAACCCACACUACAAAGACAGCAGCAACGGGGGCCCCAUGUCCUGCAUCUAUCCCAACUACCAGCAGGGGAUGUUGUCUCACCCACAGUUUGUGGAGGAGCAACAGUCCGGAGGUGAGGGGCUUCCUGCAUGUCAGCCUGGCUCUGAUAGGGGCCCCGGCGGAGGGCCGGAGGUGGUUGAUGCCAUUUACAGGGCAGUGGUGGACGCCGCCAAUAAGGGCAUGCAUGUAACCAUCACCACCACGGUAAGCGGGACCACGCAGGCCAGCCCCGUACCCGCCCUCAGUGCCAUGAGUGCCUUCAAUGCCAACAUGGGGGACCCCGUCAAUGUCCCCCAGGCGGUUAGCGCAGUCUUGCACGGGCACCAAGAUGGAGAGACGAUACCCCAGCAAACCAGACAGAGGCAGGUGAGGCUAGGGCGCGGACAGAAGAACAUGGAUCAAGGAAAGAGCACCCCGGACGGCCCAGAGACCAACGACUACUUCCGCUCCCCUGGCCGCGGAACCCCGAGAGGGCAGUGGGAAGGAGAGCCGCCACACCCGGGAGGCUUUGAUACGCAGAGCAACACCUGGGGUGGGGAGGAGUUUCUAGAGUGUUCUACCCAAGUAAGAAGCAGUCCUCUCAUUGAGAGACCUGCCAGUCUGGCCCCCGCCCCACCCUGCCCUGCCGAGGGCUCCAAUGACCACGGCCUGUCGGUUCCCCACGAUAAAACCUUUUUCGACCGGUUCAGCAACUGCAACCGGACGCCUGCCAAUUACAAAGAACGUCUGGAACAGACAGUGGAACGGUGCGCUCACAUCAACGGCUCCACCCCUCACUUUAACUCCAGGGCUUACGGAGAAGUCCUGGGCCCCCCACGGCAGGAGCUGACGGGGGACGACCAGUCACCCAGCUCUUCCACCAGUCUGGAAGGGCCUCUGGCCACGCCCAAAGACUACAGCCACUACAACGGCCAUUUCAACGGCAUGGCCGCCAGUCCGUCAGACACCAAGAGCCUGAGCAGCGAGGAGGACCUUCGGCAGCCCGACUCGCCCUCAUCCGAGCUGCUCCACUACCGCUCCAGGACCUUCAAUAUGGGAGAACUGGUCUGGGGCCAGCUGAAGAGCUUCCCACCCUGGCCUGCCAAGCUGGCCGGGGACGAUCAGGUGCACUGCGCGGCAAUGCAGCUGCGAGAGCAGGCUAAGGUUGAACCUGAGAAGCUAAAAACACUAACCCACGACUUGGAGGCACUUGACCGAGUCGCCAAGAGAGGCUUAAAACCCAAACUGAACAACCCCCUGCAAGCUGCUCUCCACGAGGCCAUGAGUGAGCUUGAUAAGAUGUCAGGCACACUCCCUUCCAGGGACCGUCAGCUGAUGCUCCCCAAGCCCAAGAGGAGGAAAAUAUCCAGAUAACAUUGAAUGUGUCAGGCCCGAGAACGUCGUCGGAGCCACCCGGAGACUCGGCCAGGCCAUCUGAGCUCUUCAACAGGUGCUACACAUGGACUCUCAGUGGUACAAAAACCUCGAUCCAUGACAUCAACUUGACUUUGUGACUGACCACAGAAGGUGCUGGAAACUCCAAUCACCAAUACAGUUUCAACUGUAGAGAGAG